AUGUCUCCCAGUGGGCACUCUCACGAUCACAGUGGGCACUCGCAUGGGGAAAUGAACGAACAUUCUACCAUGGCAUCUCAUGGAGCCGCUGGUCAGAUGAACCACAACAUGGAGGGGGGGCAUGCGGUAAGAGAGCUAUCGGGUUUACUUGCUUCCGACUAGAAAUACCGGAGUACUGUUUUGAUGAGGAAAAUAGUAACGUUGCUAACAUAGUCCACACACGGUACCCCAACAGGGGCAAAGAUAAAAACCGCACUGAUCUUCAGCAUGAAAGCGUAUUUGCCAUCGUAGCACCGAGAAGGCAUUUUGGCCUGCAUUCUGUACUCAAUAAGUAUGACCUAAACCAUCAAAAGAUAAACUAAAAGUUUACUCAUUUAUGCAAUCUACACACUGAGUUUGUUAUUGAUUCGUCUAAGAAAAGUUUCGAAUUUUCAAGGAUUGCCUUUUUUUUCGAAAUCUCGAAAAGUAGAACAUACAAUGCAAUUAGAUCGCUACUUCCACUAAACAGCCAACGUUGGAUUGUCAUUUCAUUUUUUUUAUCUCUUUUUAAAUCAUUCGGGUAUGCAAAUUUGCUAUAGAAUAUUUAUCGCCAUUAGGAAUGGCUAAGUACUUUUUUAUUAUUUGUGAAAACAUGUAAAUUAUCCAUCAUCAAAAAGAAAGUUUUAAAAACAAUUGAACAUGCAGUCACGCCAUUGCAAACCAAAUGGGAUGUUUAAGGCUCUCUUUGAGGGAGUACUGUUUGAUAAUAACCACAUUCUUUCACGUGCUAUCUAAGUCAUCUACAUGUCUAUUACUCUUGUGAUUUAUAUGUUUUCUUUGCACGCGAAAGUAUUAACUAUCAAUUAACUUAGUCGACAAAUUUAGCCCUAAUUGGCCUUAUCUUCGACCAACGUACAGCUGUGAUCUAAAUAAUACAGUCGAAAGACACCCCCACAGAAAAAUGAGGUUUUUCUGGUAGGGAACUCAAGGACGUAAAAGCCAGUAUACUGUUUUGUUUUUGUGACAUGAACCGGAAUUGCAGCUGGAAAUGAACCUGGAGUAAAUCGAUGACGCAAGUUGAAAACAAAGGCGAUUACUGAACCAUUGAUUAUAAUAAAGGAUAAAUAUAGAUGGCAUUUAAUGUGCAUUCCUCCGUGCGAAUCUUAUAGCACAAAAAUAACUGAAAUGUUGUAAUCUAAAAAACCUUGCCUGUCUUUUAAAACAACUUGGAAACAAAAUAAAAAACUCUUCAGAAAAAAACCCAAAAUGUAGAGAAGUUUUGAUUCAGAAUAAGAAAAAUUUUGAGAAACGUAUUUUUCUUAAAAAAUAUAUAGCUCUGUAACAACAGUUGAUACACAUUACCGUUUGUUUGUUUGUUUGUUGGAUAAGGCGAUUUAACGGCUACUUGUAAUAUCAUUUCCGGGUAAUAAUUCUGCGAGUCUCUUUUAUGACACUGAGCCAAAACGUCCAACAUUGAUCUAUAAAAAAUGUCCUCAUAUCACCAUUACUCACGUCAGAGUGAAUCGUAAAAAGGUUUUGCUCUACUUUCACUGAGUUUCUUGUUGCUCUAUUUUUUAGUAUCCUUCGUCAGUACUUUUCAGUGAUAUUUCACGAAUCUACAAACGGUAUUUCAAAGACGGCUUGGUACAUUUCUGCGUUGUGUUAAUAUUGACCUACCGCGUGAAAGUAAAAGGAUCUCGUUUAUCAAGUAUAUCACUAUUUGUAGGCCUUCACGGUCAUACAGAAUAUCGAUGACGUAUCCGAAACAUACGGCCGAGCACACGAAAGGGAGAGAAAUAAAGGGACAAAAAACAUUUAUUAUUUAAACACGUGGGUUUUAAAGCCAAUACAGCUUAUGAGGCCGAGUAAAAAAUGUUAAUAGGAUAAUAAAAAUUAAAAAAUACACUUAAAACGAUAAAAAAUACACUAUUAUGAAUAUAUAAACUAAAAAUAUGAAUGCGGUCCACAAAAGGCGAAAUAUGUGCAAUAAAAGAUUUGAAUAGGAUCAAUGAAAGACGAAAUCACUCUCAAUUUGGAGACCCGUCUGCGGUGACUCUUCAUUAACGUUCAAGCCUGAGAUGAACAAAACGCCGAAAAAUGAGAUCUAGAUAUAGGAGACAACGAUAAACAGUAUCGAGCAAGCCUUAUCUUCGACUUUUAAUUUCCAGUAUCAGGCAAAAAAAACUGUCAUUGCAUCGAAAAAAGGGUAAUAAAAAGUUGUAUGAACAGGAGUAUUGGCUAAAGUGGUGGAUGAGAUUAGUAUAGUAAGCUCAGAUUAAUUCGCAUAACAUUGGACCCGGUUCAUCAAAAGUUGUUAAGCCAAAUUGCAGAGAAUCAUGAUGUAAAAUGAAACUAACGAAAGAAUCCAUGAGUUUAGUUCUUGUCUAUGAAAAUGUAACUGAAGGGAUAGAAUUGUCUACCGUUGACCUUUCGCUCCGAGUUCACGAUAACGCCGCAGAAAGGUACUCUGAAACAAUCAAAAGGACAGUAAAUACAAUCCUGUGUAAAAAUUUUAAUUCGAGAUUAGCCCUGAUAACUUUUCGCAUCUUCUCAGGAAAUGGGCUGACAAUAGUAAUGUUGUAAUGGUAAUCGGACUGGGUGGAGUCCGAGUGAACAAUGCGGGAGACCACGAUUUACAAACANACCAAUACGUCAAACGAAAGAGGCAUGCAAAAGCUAUACAAAAUAUUUUAAAGCUAAGGUUUUAAUUUUACGGUACGCGAUGUGAGGAGCUUGAUGGUUCCCUCCUAAAUGCAUUGAAAAGACGUUUUAGGCCAUCCAGAGUACUUUUAGAUCUCUAGAAAUGUAUUCUAAGCGGCGCUAUAAAAUUUGUAUCUGUUCAGUCAUCCUAGGGGAACUUGAGGCUUUUCGAAAUUUCAAGGGCUUCCGUGUUAUUUUCCCGAAAAUUUUUACGAAAGUGAGAAUUUUCUUAUUCCUCUCUCCAUCACAUUUUUGAAUCCGAAAAUUUUAGAUUUUCUUUUUCUACGAAAAUUAGCCUAACAUAAGGAGUAAAAUAUGAAAAAUUGAACUUCAGAAAAUCUUAGGGAAUUUUUGAGGCAAGCUUCGAAAAUUGUACCUGAAUGGAACGCUCAUCAAGAAAUUCUUAGCCGUAUUCAAGCAAUAGAAAAUUCUAGGCAAUAUUUGCUUCUCCGAACAGAUAUAUAUUUUACAGAAAACAGUCGUUAGGAUUCCCCUGGAAUGUGCUCUACAACCUCAUCCCUAGGGCUUUAGGUAGGGGAAAACUUGAUCCCUGGGGGACGAGGAUGGGUAUUCUAUAGUGAAAAGACCCCACUUCAACCCUUUUAUACAUCAAUAUAAUGGGUAUAUGUGUUUUGAAAAACUGCUCAUCUAUGUAAAUUGUUAGAGUGUUUUAGAAAUUUUUAAGCAGUAACAUGAGUUUCAUAUAUUUUAGAUUUUGUAAAUAUUUUUAUUGCCUUUGUUAUUGUUUUACGUAAAUUCAUUUCGCAAAAAUCCAAAAUGACAGAUUUAUCGCCAGUUGUAUCACUUGGCUUUUAUCACUGAAAACGCUCUAUGAAUUCAAGUGCCGUUCAGUAAAAUGUAUUGCACUGGUUUUGGUUGUUUCUUCAGCCCAAUACAAAGUACAUAUGGGCGGUACAUUAGUUUAGUUCACAGUGAAUGGACAAAAUUCCUCUAUAACAAAGUUAAUUUGCGUCGAUCAAUUUCAGAUGAUGUUUCAUCUCAGAAGUGAUCUCAAUCUUCUGUUUGAACCAUGGGAUAUCUCAUCAACAAAAGGUAGAAAAAUAUCAUACUUUAAUAUAAUUAUAAUUUAUAAAUUUGAUGUCUUUCAUGGUUUCUGAAAAUCUAGCCUGCGUAGCAAGCGUUUCUGCUCGAGUUUGUCGACUUUUCGCAUUAAGGGGGUUCAACAACCAGUACGACGACGGCAAAAACGUCCGAAUUCACCAUUAUUUAACAAACUGAACAACAUGAGAGAUAGAUUCACUUUUUGAGAGAAGUUUUCGUUACCUUCGUCGCCGUCGUUACUUAAGCACCUUUAAGUUAAUAACUGGACCCGAAACGCUAUACAAGAUGAUAAUUCAUAUGUCACUCAAUUGCCACAAGUGACCAAUACUACCCCAAAAUCAGUACUGGGUUUCUAAAUGGGGUCUUUACUUUAUAUUACUUUAGCCUCACUGAAUCAGACCAAACGUGUUUAAAUUCGGAUUGAUCCUUUGGUUAGUACUAGUAUAUGGUUCAUUUCAUAUUUUUUUACCGUUUCAGUGUUGGUUGGCUCGUGUAUUGCAGUGCUGUUCAUUUCAAUUUUCUAUGAAGGCCUGAAGAUCUUCAGAGCCAAACUGAUUGACAGGCACAAAACUAUGGCCAAACGAACUGACGGUGUACAGUCUUCAGGAUUUCGUCAGAGCCUUUGGUAAGCUCUUUCGGCUUAUUCCCUCUUCGAGGAGCAGGCUCAGGCUUUGUUGGCGUACUGCCACGGCAACUCAUUUUUGAUCCUCUACUAUAUAUACUACAUUUCACAGAGAAGCAACACAAAAAACUGCUUUAGAAUUACAGGAUACAUACCCUGGAUGCCAGAGGUUUUUCAUGCGCGGUUUCCGGUUUCGGUCAAAAGUGACCCGCGCGAAAAGCAGGUCACUUUUUAAGAAAUUGUAGAAUUUCAAAACAAAACAUAACUUUUGUUUAUUAUUUCUACUGGGUAUAACAGUCGUCCCAAGAGAAAUAUAAAACAACGGUUAUGCAAAAUUUGGAGGGGCAAACAAUGUGUAUUAUGAGAGAUGUGAGAAUGACCAAUGUUUCAAAGCUAAGCUGGAGCAUAGCUGGAGUAAAUCUAAAAUUCUUUUUUAAUAUAGAAAAAAAAAAGAUAAUUAUUAAUUUUUUAAAAUGCUUUAUGGAAGUUGUAACACUUUCGUGUUACGUGGUGCCGUUCAAAACAGCCUGACUCCUGUCUAGAUUUCAUGCCCUCAGAAACCGAGAAAACAUAGUUUCCGGGAAGCCAUGGGAAGGAAUUCGAAAAAUGAAGUCUUUUUCCAAUACUAGCAGGCGUUCACUGUAAGAGUAGAGAAGUUUGCCCAGGGAAAAUAGAUGAAAGCUGGAGUUUUGCGAAUAACGAGCAUACGUUGACAUAAGUAGACCAAGUUUUCCUACAGAUACAGCUGACUUUCAUUCACUUUAGCGAUCGAUUGUAAGGCAUUUACGAACCAGGCUCCAGUUUGAAAGGUAGACACUGUAUUUGAGUGUCCCUGAUGUAUUAAUUACGAAAGUACUAACUGGGGACACUAUUUUUAAGUCUCCAAAUGGAGACGGGACCCGCGAUUUUACAUGGUCAUCCGAGCCACGCGAGGGCCGGUCUAGCCACUUGCAAUCCAGGGAGUACCUUCCAUUCUCAGUUACUUUAAGACCCUGAGUAUUGGUCUGGCCCCGAGAAUGGAAACAUCAACCUCCCGUUCUGCAGUCAAGUGGACAGCCCAAACUAUCUACUGUGGAACCCCGCCUUACGGUGGCCUCCGUAUCACCGCCAGCUUUUUACGUCUUUUAGGGCCCGGCAAAACGGCCAUACAUUUCCUUAAAAAAAACCGUUAGUAGUCUUAGUACGGUCACGGCCACAUUUUAAAAUCCCAAACAGUAGAAUCUCCUAUAAUUUCACCCCGUUAAUACGGCCACUAAUUCCAAAUUUAGAAAAUUAUAAUGCCUGUGACAUGUCAAUUUAUUGACCUAGUAUAAAUCUGAGCUUAUUUUUGUACUGUUUUUAGACUACAGUACACUUAAAAUGCACUCGUGGCUAUUUAUAGCCGAAUUUUAAGAGAGUUUCAUGUACUGAAGGGAAAUUUUAAGUAGUUUUUUCAAGUACUGAACGCGAUAUCUACAUUCCAGUUGGUUAUUAAUGAGAACAGUACGGUGAAUGUGAUGUACAGUGUAUUUGUCAUUACGGCAAGAAAUUUGAGCCAGCCCCGGUUAUACCUACACACCGUUAGCCUGCAUAACAAGCGCUUUAUGAGCCAAGCGAGGCAAACGCGGCAUUUCGCGCGUGUCGCAAUGCCGGGUUUGCCUCGCUUGGCUCAUAAAGCACCUGUUAUGCAGGCUACCCCGUUAAUACGGCCAAUUUUCUUUUUUGCCCAUUAGUGACCUUAUUAACACUGUAUUCAAUAAUCUAGCCAAGUAAGUCAGAGAGACCUUUAUAAGUGAACCUCUGUGACGUCAGAAAUCGUAAUAAUGAGAAACAAAGGCUGGGUACAACAACUUUGCCGAUCACCGACCUGACCAUGUUCAUUUUUUAUAGGAUCACCAUGUGCAGCUCGCAUCACUUGUCACAAACAGUCUUGCACAUUUUGCAUGUGGCGCUGGGAUACCUACUAAUGCUGGUGGUGAUGACGUAUCAGGUUUAUCUUGGGAUCUCCGUUAUAAUCGGAGCGGGCCUGGGCUACUUCCUCUUCGCUGGCUUCAUCAGUGAUACAGAUCAUCAUAAAGACGAAUCUUGUCCUAACCCCACCCCAGAGAGUCCUGCGAUGAUUUUAAAAUUGACGAAUUUCAACGGCCUCGAAAAGGAGCAACAUGAACCAGAGAAAACAGCUUCGUCUGAUCUUGCUUUUUCCAAUAAGGGUUUUAGCACGGAAAAAAGUAACACAGACAAAUAA